AUUUAGCGCCUGUAAUAAGUAAGCAAGCAUUCUCCAGCUCAGCGCUUGUAAAACAGAACGCCGCACGCCUGCAAACGUGUGCGAUGAAGCGACGGCAGAACGAGGAUGCGUCGACUCGCAUCAGUAAAGACAUGAGCAAGGUUCUGCGGCAUAAGCCGCCGCCUGGGGCCAUGGAUGCCGCUGGGUGGGUCAACCUGCCCGUGCUACUCCGGCAUCUCAAGAACCAGCCCACGGAGCAGCAAGUGCGGGAAAUCGUCGCAGCGUGUCCCAAGAAGCGGUUCGUCCUGGACGACACCACCAACCCGCCGCGCAUCCGGGCCGCCCAGGGCCACUCCGUGGAGCUGGAGGAGGCAGUGCUGGAGCCGGUGACGGAAGCCAGCCAGGUGCCGGUGCCGGUGCACGUGACGGGAGUGGACGGCUGGAGCGCCAUCCAGUCUUCCGGCGAGCUGCGGCGGAUGAAGCGGACGCACGUGCACUUCGCCACGGCGCCGCACCAUCUGCGGAAUAACAAGUGGGCCGAGGUGUACCUGCGCCUGGACCUGCAGGCUGCGCUGGAUGCGGGCCUGCAGUUUGGCCUGUCGAGCAACGGCGUGCUGCUGUGCGAGGGGCCGGUGCCGGUGGCGCUAGUGAAGCGUGUGGAGCUGGACGAGCUGCCGGAGGAGUGGCGGCAGGGGCGAGGGCAGCAGGGGCAGGGGCAGCAGGAGCAAGGGGCGGAGAAGAAGCAGCGGCAAGGCAAGGGAAAGGCGCAGCAAGGGCAGCCGCCGGAGCAGAAGGACGAGGGCAAGGAGCGGAGGGAGCAGGAGGCGGCGGUGGGAGGUGAUAAGGACACCGAAGGUGUGAAGCAGGAUGUGUAGCCGUGUAGGCGAGUACUGAGAAGGUGCCUAACAAGAAAAGGUGGCUCUCCCUUGCAAGGGAAAAGUGGGCUGUGCCGCCACGCCACGUCCUCCGUCUGAGGCCGAAGGUUCCGAUACUAGCCUCAUCUCCCGGACAUAGCCGGGGUCGGUUGGUACAGGCACCGCCCGCCAUAUGUGCCCAGUCGCGCCCAGCUAUCAAGCACUAGUGCAGCAGGCAGCAGGCCAACCAGACAGCAAGGAAAACACCCCUGCCGCUGCAGCUGACUGCCCGCUACGCCAUCCUCGUCAGCACAGGUCGCUAACCAGACAACACCGGCAGGUCUCAACCUGCGCGCCGGCGCCGCUUUGAAGGCGGCGCCGCGCUGUCCUCCUCCACGUGGCCUUGCCCGCCCCCUCUGCUCCGAACAUGCGCGCCGCCACUGCCGCUGGGCCCAGGCAGGCAGGCAGGCAGGCAGGCAGGCACGGACAGGGGCAAUCCUGGGGGGCUUCGCCCCCCCUGGAUCGCUUCGCUCAGGGGGCUCAGCCUAAAAAUGCACAACUGAUUUUGGCAGCGACGAUGAAUGGGUUCGGAUGUUGACAAGGGGAGUGUUUUUGGUGCGGUGCUCUGGCCAUUGCGCGUGCCUCGGAAUCUCGGAUGCCCCGGUCAGCCGGACAAUGACAGACUGUGUCAGUCCGCCAGUGAGGCUGGGGAGCUGUGUGCUGAGUGCCGUGAGUGCAAACGCCUUGUUACUUCCUGUCUU